CACAUCAGAAGAAGGAAGAUUCACUCUUGCACUUACUUGUCAGCAGGUUAUCGCCUCGGAGCCAGAGAGUCAGAGUGGAUCUUAGACCCUGGGAGAGUGAUGGAUGUCUUGAGAUCAGAGAUUCUGUGGAAGUGGCAGCUGGUGGAGGACAGGGACCUGCUGGAGGAAAAUAAAAAGUACUUCAAGCGCAGUAAACUUGCCAAAAAAGAAGAGGAAGCCUAUUUUGAAAGAAGCGGCUACAAGAUACAGUCAAAAGAGGAUGACCAGGAACCACUAACAUCAUCAGACCUAGUGAUGGAACUUGAACUUGCAGAGGGAAGCCCUCCUAUGACUCUUUCUAGGCCAGAGGUCAUCAGAAGACUGAGAGAAAGAGGAGAACUAGUUAGACUGUUUGGGGAAACUGAUUAUGAUGCUUUCCAACGCUUAAGAACACUAGAGAUUCGCACACCAGAAGGGAAUGAGAGCUUAAGAAAUGAUCUGAAAGCAUCUUUGGAUAAGAUAGACCAGCAGUGCUUGAAUGAAAUUGUGGGUGCCCAGGAAGCUGGAGAGGUGGACACACAGAAUGACCUGAAAGUUCAAGAGGAAAACACCACGAUGGAAGAAUUAGAGGCACUGGGGGAGUCCUUAGGGACAGGUGAGGACCCUAAGGACAUGGACAUCAUCACCAAGGUUCUCAAGUUUCUUCUUGGUGUUUGGGCUAAAGAACUGAAUGCCAGAGAGGACUAUGUGAAGCUCAGUGUUCAGGGCAAACUGAACAGUGCUACCCACAAGCAGACUGAGUCCUACCUCAGACCUCUCUUCAGAAAGUUCCAGCAAAGGAAUCUUCCUGCUGAUAUUAAAGGGUCCAUAACAGCUAUUAUUAAGUUCCUGCUGCAGCGAGAGUACGUGAAGGCAAAUGAUGCUUACCUUCAUAUGGCCAUUGGAAAUGCUCCCUGGCCUAUUGGUGUCACUAUGGUUGGUAUCCAUGCCAGAACUGGCAGGGAGAAGAUCUUUUCCAAGCAUGUUGCACAUGUCUUAAAUGAUGAGACUCAACAGAAAUACAUUCAGGGACUCAAGAGGUUAAUGACAAUUUGCCAGAAGCACUUUCCCACAGACCCAUCGAAAUAUGUGGAGUAUAAUGCACUGUAA